GCCUUAAGCUGGUUUGUUCUUGCAUUUCAGUAAAUGCAGUUCAGGUUCCUUCUCUUCUAAUUUUGCAUCCCUUGUGAUUGGUUUGUUCUUGCAUUUCAGUAAAUGCAGUUCAGGUUCCUUCUCUUCUAAUUUUUUCAUCCCUUGUGAUAAGUUCAGCAAUUUUUUGGUCAAGCAAACUGAAAGGCAUUGCCAUGGCAGAUCGAACUGAGGAGCCGAGGGCAGGCAGGCGCAAACGAGGGGUUUUCUGCCAAUACAAAACACGAGGCUCCAUCGAUCAUCUUCCUCCCUUCUUCCACUGCCGCUCCGAUCCCGCCUGCUUUUCCCCGCAUCCUGGAGAUGGCGCCGCUGCUGGGCGCGGAGAUCUUCAGCCGCGGCUUCCGCUUCAACCCGACGCCGCUCGAGGCCGCCACCUACUACCUGCCGCGCCUCGUCGCCGGCGCGCCGCUGCACGAGGCCGUCCGCCCCGUCAUCCACCACGCCGCCGUCUACGCCUGCGAGCCCGCCGACCUCGCCCGCCAGUUCCGCCCCAUGCCCAGGACCGGGCACCGCUUCUUCUUCACCUCCUGCAGGAAGGGCGUGCGCCGAGCCGGCCCCGGCUUCUGGACCCUGCAGCGCAUGACGGUCAUCAUGGACGGCAAGGGAGCCAAGGUCGGCGAGAUCAAGAAGCUCCGCUACAAGAAGCGUGGCGCGUACACGGACUGGCUCAUGGACGAGUACUCGACGUGCUGCUCCGAGGACGCCGUCGUCGGCGACAGGCAGUACGUCUUCUGCAACAUCUACGUCUCCCCGAAAGCCGCCCCAGACUCCGCGGCGCGCCAAGAAUCCGCUGCCUUCUUGGCGCCGCCUUCGACUGCGCCUGCGCUGCCGCUCAAGAGGCCAGCGCCGCAGGCUGCCGAACCGCCGUGCCCCAAGAGGACGCGGGGUGCCGUCUUCGCAGCAUCUGAUCUGCCGUCCGAGGAGUCCCCUGCGGCGGAUCAAGAUGGCGAGUUGGUAGAGUCCACUGAAGGGAUCGUGCCGACAGCCGAAGCAGAGGAAGCGGCUGCAAACUCUGAGUGACGACAGCAAGAGCAGUAGCAGCUGCAGAGGAAGCAGCAUCCUGAACAAGGCUUCGCAUCACAUCUCGUAGUAGGAUCCUAGCACUUGUAAAAAGUUUCUAUGGAUGAAAUUUUAUCCAUCCUGAAUGUAACUCAGGUGCAUGUUGAUGAAUAUGUUGGGAAGAAUCCUCCUGUCCAUGACA